GGACAUCGAUUACUGUUGGUAUCGGUGGUUUCCCACCUCUACUAGUAAUGUCAAAAAGCAAUUCUUUUUUCAUCCCAGAUUUUGUGAAUUGUGAAUUUGUGAAAAGCGCCCUAACCAGGUGAGUGAGUCGGCCGGAACUAGGGAAAUCGGUUCGCGAAUUGAAAACCGCGUCCGACGAUUGGCCCUGCAAAGCACUCGGAGAACCCGACAAAAACCAAGCGCCUGAAAUGUGGAAUCAAUGGCAGGCAGCCGCCGCUAGCGGGGUGCCAAUGAUGGCUGCUUUGCCGCCGCAGCCGUCCCAGCCGCCACCGCUGCCCGAUGCACCUCCCCCGCCGCCGCCGACAGCCUCCGAUCCGGGUACCGGGGCCACGGGAGCACCCAUGGUCGCCGGCGAUGCGACAACAUUAGCGGUCGCUGCCACCGUCGUCGCCGCUCCCCCGGCCACCGUCGCUGCGGCAGCUGCUGUCAACCCUUAUAGCAGUGGUUUGGCGACGGCAGGCGGGGCGGGCAACCCCUACGAACAGUAUACGGCCGCCCAGUACGCCGCGAUGACUCCGGAACAGCAGUAUGCGCUGCAGCACCACUGGCACCAGUGGCAGACCUAUCAGGCUGAGUACGCCAAGUGGCAUGCCCAGUACGGCGAGCAGUACAAGCGGGAAAUGGCGGCAGCAGCGGCCGCCAAUGUUACCGCGCCUCCGGCUCAGGUGGCGCAAGUGGCUCCCGUUGCCACUCCAGUUGUAGUUGCCCCCGCGACGCCGGUGGUGGUUGCUCCUGGGCCGCAGGCAUAUCCGCCGGCCCAGACCUAUUACCAGACUGUGCCCACUGUACCGGCACCGGUACUGGCACCGGCACCUGUCGCCAAUGUUGGUGGUGGGCCGCCGAUACCUGGCAAGAUUACCGCUCAGCCGCAAUUGUACAACCAACCGCCGCCGCCGCCUCCACAGAAGACUGGCUACAAUCAGCAGAAUCCCAAUCAGAUGAAUCAAGGCGCCUGGUCAGGACCACCGCCCAUGCCCAUGCAGCAGCAUCAACCGCCGCCGUCCCAGCAACAGCUACAACAGCCACCUCCCCAGAAAUGGGGCAACCAGAUGAACUACAAUCCAGGACAGCCGCCAGAUUUGCAGCAGGGCUUCCCCAAUCUUCAGCAGCCGCCGCCUUCGCUGCAAAGACCACCACCUCAAAACCAAUACCAGCAGCACCCGCCGCAGCAGCAGCAGCAACAGCAGAACUCGAUGGAUAAGCAAUGGGGCAAUAACAGGCCGCCAUGGGAGUCUGGUCCUCCGUCAAAUAACUCGAAUCCAGGACGCUGGGAUGGCCCACCGCCGCAGAAUGACAUGAAUAACCGCUGGAAUGGGCCGCCACCGCCUUUAGGUGGCAACAAUGGACGCUGGGAGGGACCACCGCCACCGCAGUCAUCCUCCUCUGGGGAUCAGAACCGUUGGAUGAGCAGCGGCCAUUCGAAUGAGAAUCAGAAUCAGAACCGCCGCUGGGAGGUGCCGCCCCCGAAUAUAAAGGAUCAGCAGCAACAGGGCCAGAAUCAGAGCCAGAAUCGCUGGCAGAGCAAUGACGACGAUCAUGGAGACAUGGAGGGAUCGCGCAAAUACCAGAAUAACUACCAGAACACUAGAAAGAGUUGGGGAUUCGAUGGCGGCGUCGGUGGAGGAGGAGGAGUAGAUUCAAAUGCCGGAAGCCGCAAUCAGAAUCAAUUUUUCAAAAAUUCUCAAUCUGAUUUUGGACCAGACUCCUCCUCGUUGUCAGGCAGCAGUAACAACAACAACAACAACAGCAGCGGCAAUAAUUUUGGUUCGAAUUCAGGAAAUUAUCAAAGCGGCAACAACUUUGGCAACAACUACAGUCAGGAUCAGGGCGGCUAUGGAGGAGGAGGAGGAGGAGCUGGUAAUCAGGCAAGAGGCGGUAAUCGCGGUGGAGGAGGAGGAUCUGGUUCAAUGGAUAACUUUGGCAACAACAACAAUAACAGCUUCUCCAAUAACCGUCGUCAGAACAACAACAACAACAAUCGCUGGGAGAACAACAACAAUCGCAACCAGAAUCCGAAUCAAAACCAGGGAUAUCCAGACGAGCGUGGACCAGGUGGCAAUGACAUGGGACCAGGAGGUCCCGGUGGAAAUUACAAUCAGAAUCGUGGCAACUUUAACCAGAGAGGUGGCUCAAAUCCACAGCAGUUUCCCCAAAAUCGCAACCAGCAACAACAGCAGCAGCAGCAGCAACACGAUCUGGACGAGGCCAGUUUUGAUCGAUUGUUUGACCAGUGGGAGAAACAGUUCGAGGACUGGAAGCGCGCCAAUGCCAAUCAUCCUGACCGCGAUGAGUAUCGACGCUACGAGGAGGAAUUUGAAAAGCAGCGUCGUCGCAUUGCCGAGCGCAGGGAGCAGAUGCGACGCCGCCGACAGCAGCAACUCCAGCAGCAGCAGCAACAGCAGCAAGGUGGUACGCCCCAGAAAGAGGGUCCAGGUCCAGACCAGGAAGAGCAGGAAUCAAAGGAUGAACAAAGAAAUUACAAUGACCAGGGUCCAGGUCCCAAUUUUCGCACUGGACGUCCUAAUCGUUUCAGCAAUGCCAACAGCGACUUCGAAAGAGGAGGAGGAGAAGGAGAAGAAGCAGGAGGUGGAGGAGAAGGACCACCACCACCACCUGGCUACCGUGGUAAUCAAGGACCACCGGGGCCGCCUUUGUUAAAGCCAUUUGGCGCUCAAGAAGAGUCAAACGACAAGCCGUCGCCUGGAAUUCGAGGCAAUCAAGAACCACCGGGGCCUCAAAGACCACCAAUGAAUCCAUUUGGAGAUCAGAAAGAGUUCAAAUACAAAUUAACAUCUGAUUUCCCAGGCAAUCAAGAAGCACCAGGACCUUUUGGACAAGGAUUACCCACAGACAAGCCCUUGUCAUCGCCGAAAAAGGAGCCAGCAGCUUCUCCCUCUCAAAAUCCCUCAACUCUGACUCCCGCCCCGCCAGUGGCUCCCCAGAUUCCCGCUCCGCCGGUGGCGCCUACGUCGAUCCCCACCAAUCUUGGCAAGCGUCGCCAGACAAGUGGAUCCGCUGAUUCCACACCCGCGAAGCAAAUCAAAGAGGCGGAGCCGAUAUUCACCAUUUCCCUGGACGACGACGAUGACGAUGACGACGUGGCCGAUGAACAGCCACCGGUUGACACACCCAUGGGCAGCAUUUUUAAGAAGAGUGACGGCAUACCGGGCCUGGAUUUGGUGGCCGAUGGCAGCAACAAGAAUUCAACUUCAUUGUUCGAUGAUAAUGAUUCCGCGCAGCCGGAGGCCGUAGAAGCAACCGAAUCCUCAGAGGCUGUCAGCCAGAGCAACGAGUCCCUUAGCAAGGCCCUCAAAGACCCAGCAUUCCUCAACAAUCUGACUCAGGCUGUGGCCAAUGUGCAGGGUCGGGAGCAGCGCCAAGAUCGCCAAGAUGCAGAGAGCCAACAGCAGGAGCAACAACAGCAGACGGAUGAUGGAGAGCCAGAGGCAGAUGGACGUCAACUGUCCUUUGCCGAGUGGCAGCGUAAGAAGAACAACAGCAAUAACGGGAACGACAAUAAAUCGCAGGAUUCGCGCGACUCAAAUAGCAGUCCAAGUGUCCAUGAUCGGACCGAGAACCAGGGACGCCCGAACUCUGGCUUUGGGCAAGGACCGGGUGGAAUGGGUCCGGGUCCUGGUCCCCGUUUUGGGCCCAACUUGGGCCCCAAUCAAUUGCCGGGCAGCAACUUUAUUGACUUUGAAGGCAACAAUGGUCCCCCCGGUGGCUUCGGCCCUGGCCCUGGUGGCCGCAACUUUGGACCGGGACCGCGUCAUCCCUUUGGCAUGGGACCGGGAGGACCUAACUUUGGACCCAACGGCCCUGGCCCUGGGCCGCACUUUGGCCCCGGACCCAAUUUCCGCCACAACAGACCCAAUUUCGGGCCCAAUUUCGGACCCAAUUUUGGUCCGGGAGGUCCCGGAGGUCCACGCAAUUUUGGACCACGAGGACCACCAUUCGGACCCAGACGCGAUGACUUCGGUGGACCACCUUUUGGGGGUCCUGGUCUAAACUUUGGACCAGGCCCCAACGGACCCAAUAUGAGGGGAUUUAAUGGAGGCGAUGGUGGCGGCGGUGUCAACAGUGAUAAUCCGUUUCGGCGACAGAGCGGACCACCGCCACCUAACUUCAACGACGACGAUGGUCCGCCGAGAGGCCCGAGAAACUUCCAGAGCCGAAACAGUUUUGGUGGGAACCAAGGACCGAACAGCAAUCGAAAUAACUGGAGCGACGGGCCGGAGCAGCAGCAACCUUAUCCCGGCGAUCCCGUUUACCGUCCCAUGAAGGUCUUCGACUAUUCAAAUUCAAGCUCAAUGACGUCCGCCAAGGUUAUCGACUAUGGCCACAAGUCGGCAGAUGCCAUAGGUCCUGGUCCUGGACCAGGUCUUGGUCCUGAUGCCGGUCUCAGUCCCGGUUUAGGGUCGGUUCCCUCCAUGGCAAUGCCAGAAUUCCGACCCAUGCAGACCUUUGAAUAUGGACACGCUCCGAGAAUGGGAAAUACAGGAACAGGAGGUGGAGCAGGAGCAGGAGCAGGAGCAGGUGAUGGUGCAGGAGCAGGAGCAGGAGUAAGAGGAAUGAUGGACGGAGGAGGUGGAAAAGGAGGAGGAGUAUUCAACAAGCGUAAAAAUAAAAGACAAAACAAGCAGCGACUGAGGGAAGAACGCUUGCAGUUCCAUCAAAAUCGCCAGCUUCAAUCGAUUCCAAUCGACGAGCAGGCUGUGAAUGAGGAGCAAUCAUUGGGAGAUGAGGAGAAUCAGGAGGAGAAUCUGGUGGUUAAGGGGGAGAAUCUGGAGGAAGAGGAGCAGCAGCAAGAUGGCCAAGGCCCAGCAUGUACCGAUGAUGAUCUUGAGGACAUUUCCGAUAAUGAAGAUAAUCUUACCCGAAUGGAUGGCUACGGCGCGGGAGAUGGCGACGAUGAUGGCGAGUCACUGCCAUCGCCGCCACCGCCUUCGAUGACAAGUAAAUGGAAUGCGCCGGCAUCAUCACCAAAGUCCCUUUUCCCCUCGGCAGCGACGGCCAAUCAAAAGAUACCCCAGCAGGCAACGGCAACUCACCUGGAGAUGUUCUCCGGGCCAACGAAUGAGAAUCGCAAUACGAUCUCCGUGGAUGAGGUACUAUUGCCGCCCGGUCGUUUGACUCGUCCGAAACGUAUUUGCAUUAUACUGCGAGGUCCGCCGGGCAGCGGUAAAUCGCAUGUGGCGCGUCUGAUCAAGGACAAGGAGCUGGAGAUGGGCGGGGCCAAUCCGAGAAUUCUCAGCAUUGAUGAUUACUUUAUCAUUGAGAAUGAUUACACGGAGAAGUGUCCCAAGACGGGCAAGACGAUUCCCAAAAAGGAGCUGUUGUACGAGUACGAUGACACCAUGGAGGAGACCUACAUGCAAUAUCUAAUUAAAUCUUUCAAAAAGACGCUUAGCGAUAAUCUAUACGAUUUCAUAAUCGUUGACUGCAACAACAACUCACUGAGGACACUCAAUGAGUUUUACUGCCACGCCAAGGACUCGAACUUUGUGCCCUACAUUGUGGACCUGCACUGCGACCUGGAGACAUGUCUGGGACGGAAUUCGCAUAAGCGCACCGAGAAUGAGAUUCGGGUGGUGCUGGACAACUGGUGUGCCACGCCACUGCACUACAUCAAGCUGGAUGUGAGCACGCUGCUGGAGAACGUGGUCGAAAUGGAAGAUGUUGAGAAUAUGGCAAUGGAUGAUAAUGCCAUCGCCGACGGUGGAGCAGGAGUCGCAGCCUCCGAUGCUGCCACUGUCGAGGAGACAGAUGACAGCAGCAGUGCCGAUGCCGAUGCCUCUCAAGAUUGCGGCUUCCUGAAAAGCAAGUGGGAAUGUGACAACACCGAGGAUAAUUUGGCCCGCUUGGAUGGCACCAAGCGUCUCAUGCAGAACCGACGGCAUGCCAGCAUGGCCGAUUAUCUCCAACUGGAGGAGGAUUGGCAGCCACCCAUAACCACCAGUGACGGCAAGAAGCGGGUGCGUUGGGCGGACAUCGAGGAGAAGCGCUCGCAGGAGAAGAUGCGCGCCAUUGGCUUCGUGGUGGGCCAGACCGACUGGAAUCGCAUGAUGGACCCGAAUGCGGGUAGUCGGGCUCUGAAUAAGACCAAGUACAUUGAGCGGAUCCAAAAGCGUCGCUAAUUAUAGCCACGCAAGCUGGCACGCAAGCUGAAUCAAAUGGAGACCAUUACCAAUACAAUUACCAUUACCAUUGCCCAUUUACAAUGGAGAUCGUACCCCCUCCCCUCACUAGAUAGACAUUAGGUUUAAUCAUCCAUCACCUAGAAUGGCACUUGAUCAGUAUAAUUUCGCAAACUUCAAUUGUUUUGUAGAGCGCUGCAUUUACGGAGCACGAUAUUCUCAGUUUAAAUGGGAACCCAUUCUCUAGCCUAAUAAAAUAAAGUUAUACAAUAUGCCACGGAUGUAAUGGCAUGUAAUUUGAAAUGUAAAUUGUAUCAUUUUAUUUAUACAAGUACAUAAAUAUACACAUAUAUAUA